AUGGUUCAAGAUACUGCUGAGUAUAUAGAGCUUAGCUCAUAUCCUAAGCAAGAAGAACCUGAGUUUGACUCUUCAACUUCAAAGCAACGAUGGGACUUUACGGAUUCUCAACUACAACUUAUUCUUUUACGAUUAGGUGCUAUCAGUGAUGAUAAAUAUGGAACAGAAUUCCCGGUGUCUUCUAUUGAACUAUCAAGAGAAUCGGAAUAUAUGCUUAUGAAAAUAGACGAAUUAUCAGUUCCAGAUGCAAUUGAAAUAGUAAGAGAAGCAUUGGCAGAACAUAAAGGUGAUGUUAAUUUCUUACAAGAAGAUUAUCAUUUAUUAGAAAGAUUAGUACUGAUGAUUCCUGAUAAUGCUGCCACUUUAGAAACAAAACAUGAAAUAGAAGAUAAGUUUGUGGAUACGUUUAGAAACAAAACUUAUUUACAUAUAGUUGAUUGGCCACUUCAGAUUCGUUUGGAAGCAGCACUAAUUCAUUAUCAUUCCCCCUAUCCGGAAAUUCGAGCUAUUACCGAACCAUUCGACGACCCAACAACACCAGUUGACACAUUUCGUGCAUAUUCCAUUGGACUAUUCUGGACCUUCAUUGGUUCCAUUAUCAAUAGUUUCUUUAUUCAUAGAAUGCCGAGCAUUUCGUUAAGUUCACAUACAAUUCAGAUAUUGUUAUUACCAAGUGGCAGACUUUGGGAAAAAUUUAUGCCUAAGAAGGUCAUUCGUAUAGGUAGAUUUCUGGUGGACUUAAACCCGGGACCAUGGACAUAUAAGGAAAUGAUGUUGAGUACGAUUAUUUAUCUGUGUUCUGCCGGAACUCCAUAUCUGAUCUAUAACAUCUUUGUCAUGAAGCUUGAUAGAUUCUAUGGGCUUAAAUGGGUUUCAUUGACAUUCCAGUUGUUAUUGACUAUUUCCACACAAUUCCUUGGGUUUGGGUUUGCCUUGAUUAUGAAGAAAGUUUGUGUCUAUCCCAGCAAAGCCCUUUGGCCAACAAUUUUACCUACUAUUGCACUUAAUAAGGCAUUAAUGGAUGAAGACGUUAAUAAUGUAGUCCAUGGUUGGGCAAUCUCCAGAUAUUCAUUCUUCAUGAUUGUGUUUGCUUGCAGUUUUAUUUAUAAUUGGAUUCCUGCAUAUUUAUUUACCGCAUUUUCGCAAUUCAAUUGGCCAACCUGGUUUAACCCAUCUCUGAUUCAUCUUGUGAAUGUGACGGGUUCAUUCAUGGGAUUGGGUUUAAAUCCAAUUCCAUCAUUUGAUUGGAACAUCCUUUCAGCUGGCGGAUGUUUAACAAUUCCAUUCUACACCUAUGUCAACAGAUAUAUUGGAACAUUUUUGGGUUUUAUCGUCAUUUUGGUGGUUUACUAUACCAAUCACCAGUGGACAAGUUUCUUACCAAUAAAUUCGAACCGAUUAUUCAAUAAUAAAGGGAAAGUAUAUGACGUGCACGAUAUCUUGGAUGAUAAAAACUUGUUUGAUCAUGAUAAGUAUAAUGAGGUUGGUCCACCUUAUUUCUCAGCAGCAAACCUCGUAUUAUAUGGAGCUUAUUUUUGUCUAUACCCUUUUGCUAUCCUAUAUCAUUUUUCAACUGAAUGGCAAUCGAUGAAAGCAAGUUUUGUUAAUGUUUGGCAUUCCAUUAGAGAUGCAUUUAAGCUUAGAGAUCAUGGAAAUUACAACAUGUAUGGAAGGUAUUCGGAAGAUCCUCAUUGUAAGAUGAUGUCAAGUUACGAUGAUGUUCCAGACUGGUGGUUCCUUACUAUUUUACUAGUCAGUACAGUAUUUGCCGUAUCUGUGGCUAUGUUUUAUCCAACUGAAACUCCAGUAUGGGGGAUUUUCUUUACCAUAUUCAUAAAUUUUAUCUUUUUGAUUCCAAUUACUUCCAUUGCUUCAGUAACUGGAUUUACUUUUGGGUUGAAUGUUUUAGUUGAAUUGAUUGUUGGAUAUUUGAUUCCUAACUCAGGCAUUGCAUUGAUCACUUUGAAGAGUUAUGGAUAUAACAUUGAUAGUCAAGCUAGUAAUUAUAUAACCGAUCAAAAAUUGGCCCACUAUUCCAAAGUUCCGCCAAGAGCCAUAUUCAAAGGUCAGAUUCUUUCCACUUUACUCAAUAUCGCAGUUUCUUUAACUAUUGCAAAUUGGCAAUUGAAUAGCAUCCCCGAUAUCUGCGACCCCCUUCAAAAAUAUAAAUUGAAAUGUCCAGGAGCAAACACAUACUUCUUCUCAAGUAUUCAAUACGGAGAAAUAGGACCUGCAAAAGUCUUUAGUGGGCUUUAUCCAAUAUUGAAAUGGUGCUUUUUAUUCGGAGCAUUGCUAGUCAUUCCAUGUGUAUUGUUUAAAAGACAUGGUCCAUCAAGAUUAACAAGAUAUUUCCAACCCACUGUCAUCAUUGGAGGUUUCUUAGAUUUUGCACCUUAUAACCUCCUGUAUUACACUGGUGGACUUUAUCUUUCAUAUAUUUUCAUGUAUGAAAUAAAGAGGAAUUAUUUGCUUUGGUGGGAGAAAUACAAUUAUAUUUUAACAAGUGCACUUUCGGCCGGUGUUGCAACCAGUGCAUUAUUGAUCUUCUUUACCGUUCAGUAUCCACAGCUUAGUCUUAACUGGUGGGGGAAUUUGGUAAGUGAACAAGGUAUUGAAGGUGGACAUUUGCCGGAUGUUUGGAAAGAUAUUUCGCAAGCACCAGAAGGUUAUAUCGGACUUAGAAAAGGACAGUUUCCAUAG